UUGUCAAGUACUCUAUAGAUUUGAAAGGCGCGUUUCCAAUGAAACGUAUCCAUCAGAUCUUUUAUGACAAAUUGGGAGAUCUGGCCACCCUGGUGUACAGGCUGAAAUUAAUGAGGGCUAAGUUCGAGCAUUGCGUGUAAACAAGGCAAAGAAAAAUAGAAUCAGUGGAGUCGAGGAAACGUCAAUCAGUUUGAUAUCUGCGGAGGUGGAAAAUAAAUUGUGCUCCGUGUUCUGAUGAAUUUGUGAUAGUUAUCAACAUAUUUUUGAAAAGUGAAAGAUUACUUGUAGCGCUUAUCAAUUAGUGGAGUGUAUUUCGAUAGCAAGUCAAUUGACGUUGGCUGCACGGUCCAGUUGACGAUUUGCGUAAAUUGAGAUUUUGCCCCAGCUUGGCGCUCAGCAAACUGCUGUUUGUAGCUGAUUGGAAUAUAAUGGUGAGAAAUUUUUCUGCGGUUUAGCUACAUAGAUAGCUACUAUAUGGAAUGAUGCUAGUGAUGUAUGCUUAUAUUGGCGCUUUGGGUGGAUGACAUCAUCGAUGCUUCGGCAAUGAGCGGCUGUGGACUGCUGGUUUCGGUGAUCAAAACUCUCGAUGCCAGUGAAACGAACGAGCAGCGGGAGCGGGAAAAGCACAAGAUCGAAAGAGAGUUCCGCAAAACUGAUCAAAGGCUCAACGAACUUGUCUCGCGGAACGAUGGCGAUCUUACUCGAGUUAUGCAGCUGUUCGGCAAGGUGUCGACUCAGAUUACUAGUUCCCGGGAAAGAAUUCAUGUUGUAAAGGAAAAUCUGCAGACGUGUAAGCAGUUACUGCGAUGCCGGCGGGAGGAACUGAAGAAGUUAUACACGGAUGCCGUCCAGCACAAGUAUGUGCUGGAGAUGUUGGAUCAGGUCAACGAACUGCGCCGGACUCCCCAGCAACUGGCUUCUUUCAUGGGCAAGAAACAUUAUUUACACGCCACAAAACUGCUCAUGUCGGCCAUUGAGGUGACCGAGGGUCCGCUGAAAGAUGUGGAAGGUCUGAACGAUCUGCGGCAAGACUUUGAGAACAAACGGCAGCAGUUGUACGGGAAGUUACUAGAGGAACUGAACAAGCAUCUGUACGUUUCAAGUACGGCUGAAGUACUGCAGAGCUUCCAACGGCAGAGCUCCGGACGGAAUAGUCAGUAUACAGCCAGUACAGCAGCAUCGCCGUUCCAGCGGAACGUACUGCGGCGUUCCGCCGAACGAAUGGAAGCUAAUACGAAGGCCAGAAGGGCGUUGUUUGAAAUUGCACAGAAUGGUUAUCUCGAUGUCGACAAGAGUGAAAUCAUCGAAGACACAGAUCUGCUGGAUCCAGAUGUCAAUUCCACUUAUUUUAUAGGAAUCAUAAUUGAGUGCUUUGCGUUGUUGAAUAAAGUGCCUGAAUCUAUAGAGUCUAUAAGAGUACAAAUGCAAAGCGAACUGCUAACGAUCGUCACAAGGUCCACUCAUCACAUUAUCAUGCUCAAUCAGCAGCAGCAACAAACGAACCAGUACCAACCCCAGUACGGAAAUCCUUCGGCAAACGCCGAUGAACAACGAGAGGAAAACAUUCCUAUACUCGAACUGUUGGAUUUAGUGUUCAAACAGUUGAAACUGAUUGCCACCGCUCAUCAGUUAACGCUGAAAAACUACCACAACGUAAUGCAUCGCUACAACCUCACCCAGGUAAAGGCGUACGAUUUGAUCGAGUACUGGGGACAAGCGCAGGCAGUGUUGAAGUUGGUUCUGACAGACUACUUGGACAUUCAGAAUGACAGCAGUGAUGAGUUGAUGCGGGCGCAGUUCACAGAGCAGACGACCAACAUCAAUACGUUUUUUAGCCGACGGAAAAUUCAGGGCAAAAAGAUGCUGUUCAAAUUUGACAAGUCUUCUCACACGGCCUUACUGGAACCGGAUGCUGGCGGGAAAGAGCAUCGCCGGAACCCGUCAAAUGUGUCCAACAGUACGGCUAAGGAGGACGCGUUGAAUCAGUCGGGAAGUAAUGGGCGUGAAUUGUUGAAUACUAGCUUCAGUAAUAAGCAAAUUUCUGGGCCUCUGGGACCAGAUCGGAAGAAACAGGAACGAUCUCUUGUAUGCGCGCCGGAUGCUGCUUUGGUGCGACAGAUUUAUCUACCAAUGAUGGGUUACAUUCAUGAAAUCGAAUGUUUUAUGAAGUGUAAAUCAGGUCAACUGUGUAGUUUGAACACUUUUUUGGCAAACUACGUGAAGGACGCAUAUCUGGCACGAGGACAUAAUCGGAAUCUACAGUUGACGAUAGAAUCGCUGUCGAAGACUCAGGACGCUUGGCGUUCAAUCAUCACUCCGGAGGAAAUGAAGAGACUUGGGUUGACGCGACCACUUCUACAGAAUACCGUUCUGGUCGAAAGUCGAAUCUCCGAAACCAAAAAACUUAUCCUGGAUCUACCCACGUACUCCGACGAACUGCUCAAAAUGGUUUGUUCGUUGUUGAAAACCUAUCGGGAAACCUGUCAGGCUGCCUACCGAGGAAUCGUUCAACCCGAAACUGAGGACAAGCGGAUCUACAGCGUAGCUUGGCUGAAGGAUGACGACAUAACCAGAUUCCUCAAAUCCCUCCCCAACUGGACAGAUCUCAAAACGUACAACGCUCGGCACCGGCAGCAGCAAUCGAACCAGAAGCGACUGAUGAAGACGGAACCGUCGGAAGAGGAAAGUCCGACGGCUGUACAACAACGAAAUGUUCGCGAGGCUGAAAUGUUGACCAGCAAUCUCGGUGAAGGAGGCAUUUCCCAGCAGGAAAUCCUUUCCGAUAUUGGGGUGCUAAAAGAGCUGGCCAUCCUGCAGGAAAGCAUGGAAUGGUUUGCUGGACGAAUUACAGACUUUGCCGAUGAUCUGCGCAAACCGAUCGCGAACGGAUUGUUGGCUAGCGGAGGUGUCAAUUCUUCGCCCGUUGUUGUCAAGGAUGGUAUGAUCAAAGUGUUGAUGAAUUUAGCGUUGGAGUUUGAGGAACUGGCAAACACCUGCCUGCUGGUGUUGCAUUUAGAGGUGCGCGUGCAGUGCUUCCAUUAUCUUAAGUCUAAUCCGUCGGAUAAGUGCAAGGCGAACAAUCCGAACAAAAACGAUUCGCUCGAGCCGGAUGCGAAGGUUUUGAAAUUGACUAAAGUUCUAUCGGAUAUGGAUGAGGCGCUCAGCUUAACGUUGCAUCCGAGGAAAACAAAGUACGUGUUUGAAGGACUAGCCCAUUUAGCAUCCCGCAUCCUGGUGAUGGCUGCCAAUUCAUUGGAGUACAUCGAUCCCGCUGGGGUGCAGCGCAUGUGUCGUAACGCUCUAGCACUCCAACAAACUCUCAGUAGUAUAACCGCUUCCCGGGAAGUGGCGCUCGAUUACGCUAGAUCAUUUUACGAAAUGUUUUAUUCGGAACCGGAUGACAUUCUCACAGCAAUUAUCGAGAAGGGAGCCCAGUUCACCGAGAUGCAAUAUCUCAAUGCGUUGCACUUAAUUUGCAAAAAUCGCGGCAUCACCGACCAGAACACGUUGGUUAUGUACCAGCAGAAACUAAGCGACGUCCUUGGUACCAAACCGGCGUUAGGUGUAACCGUUUAGGGCGGCAACAGGAAGUUGUUUAUCAUUGAUAUUUGCAAUAAAAUUUAUACAAUGUUGUGUAGUGAGCAUAAGCAGGAAAAACUUAUUGCUAAUGAUGUUACAAUUACAAUUAGCAGAACGUAUAACCCAAUGAAACAGAUGCCUAAGUUGGCAAAAGUCGAACUACGAUGGAGUCAAUAUGACAACAGGUGUUCAUCUUAAAUCGCUAUACGUUGCUUAAAUAUAGAAAUGUAAUAUAAAACCGUAUGAGUUUUAUGAUUUAUAACAUUAUCCGGUUAGAAACUAAACUGAAAAAUUGAAGUUUCUGAAUAAUUUAUUUCGUUUCAAAAUAUUUAUUUGUCUUAUGAACGCUUUAUCAGCAUUUGGCUUCUGCAAAGGAGGUCCGCAAAUAAUAUCAUAAUUUGUAGGAUGUUAACAAUGUUCGAACCUA